AUGUCACUUGCUGGUCAUGAGACAACAUCAACUCUGUUGCAAUGGACGCUUUAUGAGCUAUCAAAGCGACCAGAAAUUGAGAACAAACUCUAUCAUGAAAUAACUCAAGCAAUUGGAUCUCGUGAUCCAACGUAUGAUGAUUAUGGAGUUCUAUCCUAUGUUAAUUCUGUUAUUAUGGAAUCUUUAAGGCUUCAUCCACCAGUUCUUUCAGUUGUGAAACACGUUGCCAAAAAGGACACAACCAUUGGAAAAUACAAGGUACCAAAAGGUACUACCGUUGUGGGUUGGAUUGAUGCCGUUCACCACGAUGAAGAUGUUUUCAAGAACGCAGAAGAAUUCAUUCCAGAAAGAUUUGACAAUCCCGAUGUCAAAGAAAGAGUUCAGCAUGAUUUCACAUGGGUGCCUUUCUCAAUGGGAAACAGAAAAUGCAUUGGUUAUAGAUUUGCUCUUCUGGAAGGAUGUAUGAUUUUAACCAAGAUGGUCCAAAAGUAUAAAUUCAAACUGCUCAACGACGAGUCUGUAGAUCCUGUUGGACCAAAACCUGGCGUGACGAAUCGACCAACGACCAACCUUAAAAUUGCAGUUUCUAAACGAGAGUAA